AUGGCGGGAGCUUCCUCGGCGAACCCCCCGGGACACAGCCAGCCGGCUGCUGCUCAACAACCCCUCCUGCUCGAGCCAGACCUUCUACUCGAUCAAUCUCAACGCCCGAACGAGCAGGAUGACACCUCCGAUGUUUCUAACUGCUCUCCAACUCCAUUACCUCUCAAACAGAUAUUUGUCCUCUGUCUCAUGCGUCUAACAGAGCCGAUUUCCUUCACCGUGAUCUUUCCAUUCAUCAACAAAAUGAUAGAGGAUUUGAAUAUUGUGCCUAGGACGCAAGUUGGAACGUAUGCCGGAGUAAUAGAAAGUCUCUUUGCGCUUUCUCAAUUCUCAACCGUGCUAUUCUGGGGACGAUUGUCGGACCGGAUCGGCCGGAAACCGGUGCUCUUGACCGGCUUGACGGGUCUAUCCAUCGGGAUUAUCGCAUUUGGCUUACAAAGAACAUUCGUCGGUUUGGUGAUCGCCAGAUCUUUUGCUGGCGCUAUGAAUGGGAAUAUUGCCGUAGUCAAGAGCUCGAUGGCUGAGAUCACGGAUGAGAGUAACAAAGCUCGAGCUUUCCCGCUUCUCCCAUUGUGCUGGGCCUUUGGCCUCAUGAUAGGUCCUGCAAUCGGUGGAUACACAGCCGAGCCCGCCAGGCAGUAUCCGAACUCAAUCUUCGCCAAGUACCCCUUCUUCUCGACGUAUCCUUACUUCGUUCCUUGUCUCUUGGCUGGACUCUUCAACCUCUUGGCUGUCGUCCUGGGCACACUUUAUUUAGAAGAGACUUUACCAAGCAAGCUGAUAAAGGCGCAGAAACGAUCUGCUGAACUUUCUCGGGAUGAUAGUCUGGAAACCCAGGAAAGACCCAAUCCGGCAGAAGGAGCCCAAAGUUUGAAAGAUCUAUUGACGAGCUACUUAGUGACUCUGUUGAUCAGUUUCGGUUUCAUGGCCCUUGAGAACUCAGCUUGGAUGGCGAUCGUCCCAUUAUUCUCAUACACCCGCGUGGAAGACGGUGGGCUCGGAUUAACUCUAGAUCAGAUUGGAAUGACACUCAGUUCGAACGGAGUAGUUGCCCUUGUUGUCCAGAGCGUAUUAUUCCCCAUCUUGCACCGGCGUUUGGGAGUAGUUCGUUUGCAUCGCAUCUCCAGACUAUCUUCCCCCAUUGCAUUUUGUGGUUUGCCGAUGGUUCGAGUCAUUUCCCUCUUAUACCCCAACAAAUCCACCGCCACUACCGCAUCGAUCAUCGGAAUGAUUGUUAUCAUUUCCAUCAAGAGCAUCGGCAAUAUGACUAUAGUCUGCAUGACCCUUUUGAUCAAUGAUUCCGCACCGAAUCCCGCUUCUCUGGGCUCUAUCAAUGGACUCGGCCAAUCAGUCUCCUCAUUCGCAAGGGCCAUAUCCCCCUUCUUAGUAGGGAAGCUGUUUUCGAUCUCUUUGGCCGCUGCGAAAUCUCCUAAUCGCUCGUUGAUUGAAAAUAACUUGAUUUGGUACUAUCUCAUCCUUGUUUCUUUGGUUGGAUAUUCAACUACUUGGUUGAUUGAGCAAGUCCUAUUUCAGGAAGAGGAGAAGAACAAAGACUGA